AUGAAAUUCUAUAUUGACGAUUUACCAGUUUUAUUUCCAUACCCCAAAAUUUAUCCUGAACAAUAUCACUAUAUGUGUGAUAUUAAAAAAACUUUAGAUGCAGGUGGUAAUAGUAUCCUAGAAAUGCCCUCAGGAACAGGUAAAACUGUCUCUUUGUUAUCUUUGACUGUUGCUUACCAAAUGCAUUAUCCUGAACAUAGAAAGAUUAUAUAUUGUUCUCGUACCAUGUCAGAAAUUGAAAAAGCGUUAGUAGAAUUGGAAAAUCUCAUGGAAUAUCGUACCAAAGAAUUGGGUCAUAGAGAAGAAUUCAGAGGUCUAGGUUUAACUUCAAGAAAAAAUCUUUGCUUGCACCCCGUUGUCAGUAAGGAAAGAAAGGGUACAGUAGUCGAUGAAAAAUGUCGUAGAUUAACAAACGGAGUUAACAAGCGUAAAUUGGAAGCUGACCCUAAUGCAGAUGUUGAAUUAUGUGAAUAUCAUGAAAAUUUAUACAACUUAGAAGUCGAAAAUUAUUUACCAAAUGGUGUAUUUUCUUUCGAAAAAUUGAUUAAAUAUUGUGAGGAGAGAAAAUUGUGUCCAUAUUUUAUUGUUCGUAGAAUGAUCUCCAUGUGUAAUAUCAUUAUUUAUUCUUAUCACUAUCUUCUAGAUCCAAAAAUCGCAGAAAGAGUUUCCAAAGAGGUCUCUAAAGAUAGUAUUGUGAUUUUUGAUGAAGCUCACAAUAUAGAUAACGUUUGCAUAGAAUCAUUGUCUUUAGAUUUAACUAAUGAUGUACUGAGAAGAGCUUCAAAAGGUGCCACAACUUUAGAAGAGAAAAUAGACGAAGUGCGUAGAAUCGAUGCAGCUAAAUUACAAGAUGAAUAUGAUAAGUUAGUGAAGGGUUUACAUACUGCAGAUAUCAUCACAGAACAAGAAGAGCAAUUCGUAGAGACUCCAGUGUUACCACAAGAUUUAUUGAGAGAAGCGGUACCUGGGAAUAUUCGUAGAGCUGAACAUUUUAUAUCUUUCUUAAAAAGAUUUAUUGAGUAUAUUAAAACAAGAAUGAAAGUGUUGCACGUUAUCUCCGAAACACCCAAAUCGUUUUUACAACAUUUGAAACAAUUAACAUUUAUUGAUAGAAAGCCUCUAAGAUUUUGUGCAGAACGUCUUUCUUUACUUGUAAGAACUUUGGAAGUAGCUGAAGUGGAGGAUUUUACUGCAUUGAAAGAAAUUGCAACUUUUGCCACAUUAAUAUCUACAUAUGAAAAUGGUUUCCUGUUAAUUAUAGAACCCUACGAAAUUGAAAAUGCAGCUGUUCCCAAUCCAAUUAUGCGUUUCACUUGUCUAGAUGCAUCAAUUGCGAUUAAACCUGUAUUUGAAACAUUCUCCUCGGUUAUUAUCACCUCUGGUACUAUCUCACCAUUAGAUAUGUAUCCAAGAAUGUUAAAUUUCGAUACUGUGUUACAAAAAUCCUAUGCAAUGACUUUAGCAAAAAAAUCAUUCUUACCAAUGAUUGUAACAAAGGGCUCAGACCAAGUUGCCAUAUCUUCCAGAUUUGAAAUUAGAAAUGAUCCAAGUAUAGUCCGUAAUUAUGGUUCCAUGUUAGUGGAAUUCGCUAAAAUUACACCAGAUGGUAUGGUUGUUUUCUUCCCAUCAUAUUUAUACAUGGAAAGUAUCGUGUCUAUGUGGCAGACUAUGGGUAUAUUAGAUGAAGUUUGGAAACAUAAACUGAUUCUGGUUGAAACUCCUGAUGCACAGGAAACAUCUUUAGCUUUAGAAACCUAUAGAAAGGCAUGUUCUAAUGGACGUGGAGCAAUCCUAUUAUCCGUGGCAAGAGGGAAAGUUUCUGAAGGUAUUGAUUUUGAUCAACAGUAUGGUAGAACUGUCCUGAUGAUAGGUAUUCCAUUCCAAUAUACAGAAUCUCGUAUUUUAAAGGCUCGUUUAGAGUUUUUAAGAGAAAAUUAUCAAAUCAGAGAAAACGAUUUUCUUUCUUUUGAUGCAAUGAGACAUGCAGCACAAUGUUUAGGGCGAGUUCUCAGAGGGAAGGAUGAUUAUGGUGUGAUGGUUUUAGCAGAUCGUAGAUUCUCUAGGAAAAAAUCACAAUUACCCAAAUGGAUUGCACAAGGGCUUUCGGACGCCGAUUUAAAUUUAUCAACUGAUAUGGCUAUCUCUAACGCUAAGCAAUUCUUAAGAACAAUGGCUCAACCAACGGAUCCGAAAGACCAAGAAGGUGUCUCUGUUUGGAAUCUAGAUGAUCUUUUGGCAUAUCAGAAAAAAAAACAGUCAGGAACUGAAAAUAAAGUAGAAGAUGUCAUUGAUAUGAAUGGAGAUCUUCAAAUGACAAAUUAG